UGUUCGAUCUGUCUGGAUCUACUGAAGGAUCCGGUGACUACUGUCUGUGGACACAGCUACUGUAAGAGCUGUAUUAACACCCACUGGGACAAAGAGGAGGAGAGAGGAAGCUACAGCUGUCCUCAGUGUAGACAGACCUUCACACCGAGGCCUGUCCUGGAGAAAAACACCAUGUUAGCUGAUUCACUGGAGGAGCUGAAGAAGACUGGACUCCAAGCUGCUCCUGCUGAUCACUGCUAUGCUGGACCUGAAGAUGUGGCCUGUGAUGUCUGCACUGGGAGAAAACGGAAAUCUCUCAAGUCCUGUUUGAAUUGUUUGGCCUCUUAUUGUGAAAAACACCUCCAGCAUCAUCUUCAGUCCCCUCCAUUGAAGAAGCACAAGCUGGUGGAGCCCUCGGAGAAGCUCCAGGAGAACAUCUGCUCUCGUCACGACGAGGUGAUGAAGAUGUUCUGCCGCACUGAUCAGCAGUGUAUCUGUUAUCUCUGCUCGGUGGAGGAACAUAAAGACCACGACAAAGUGUCAGCUGCAGCAGAAAGGACUGAGAGGCAGAGAGAGCUCGGGCCGAGGAGACAAACAAUCCAGCAGAGAGUCCAGGACACAGAGAAAGACGUGAAGCUGCUUCAACAGGAGGAGGAGGCCCUCAAUGGCUCUGCUGAUAAUGUCCUCCAGUGUCCUCCAGUGUCCUCCAGUGUCCUCCAGUGUCCUCCAGUGUCCUCCAGUGUCCUCCAGUGUCCCCUGGAGGUGUUAUCAGGCCAGAUGGCAGACCUGCACGUUCCUGCUCAGCUGCAGUCUCCUCUCAGCGGUAUGCUAAUUAGAUGGCGGAGCGACUGA